AUGGUUGGUGGCUGUGUGCGGGGAAGACUGGGAAAACGGGGAAACAUGUGGAGGGGCAGCUGUAAUGGUGGUAAGAAUGGGGGAGAGGAUGAAGAUAGGGAGGAGGGGCUGAGGAAAGAGGGGAGUGAACGUAGGCUAUCCGGACGAAAUUGGAAGAAAGAGAUUGAACCAUCCAAAUAA